CGCCUUGCUGGGGAAAGCUUAUGGGACCUGGCAUCAAACUAGCACAUCUUUUUGCGGAUAGACUUGUGUAUAUUGCAUGGCACACCCUAUCCCCAGCAGACUCGGCACCCGACUAUCUCAAGCAUCUCCUCCCCAAUCUCGUAUUCGAAAUCACAUGGAACGGUUAUGGUAUACCUGGUCGAGGAGCUGAUACGCGACUUACGGGAGAUUGGAUGCCUACGAGCAUGCACUUCACGGUACAGAACCGGGGCUCACAAAGGAUAUUCGUUGGGUCGACGGAGGUGCCACAAGGGCACGCGAUACCGAUCACUUGGGGUCAGUCUAUCCAAUUAGUGGAUGGCGAGGAGCUGCGGCGUGCGAAUCUCCCUGAGGAGUACCUACAAAUUGCGUUCAUCGCGCCAAGCAUACCACCAUCCAACGCAGCACCGAACGAUGCCUUUCAUGCCGAGUACAAACUCUGUGAAUCUCUCAACGGUGGGGGAUUUGGUACGGUCCAUAGGGCGGUGAGAUUCCUUGGGGGAGGAGAGUUUGCCGUCAAGAUAAUCAGGAAGACGAUGAUGGCGAUGAGAGAGUCCGAACUCGUCAACAUCGAGCGCGAAUGCGAGAUCAUGCAGCAAGUCAGCAGCCAUAUGAAUGUCGUGCGAUACUACCGUGCAUACAACUGUCAAGACCAGCUGUACAUCGUGAUGGAACUUGUCCGAGGGUCAGAUUUGCAGAAGCUAUUAGUACAGCACCAAUUGAACGAAGAUGAAGCGCGCUAUCUCUUUCGUCAGCUGAUUCACGGCAUGGCGUACUUGCAUAGUCGUGGUAUUGUCCACCGAGAUCUCAAGCCGGAAAAUAUUAUGAUAACCAUGGAUAACCCACCAAUUCUAAAAAUUGCCGAUUUUGGACUGUCGAAAACCGCACACAGUCGGACGGCCUUGAAGACUUUCUGCGGGACCGAAAUCUUCAUGGCACCGGAAGUGUUCUCCCCACGGAAGAAGUCAUAUGAUGCGAGCAUCGAUGUCUGGGCAAUCGGCCUGAUCCUGUUCACGAUGUUGACCCGCCACUAUGCCCUUCCCUCGCGUGAGAAGGGAGAUCCGACGUGGUCGCCAAGACUCGAGAUCAUGAGGUUAGAUCUGUUGAAUCGUGUGAGCGAUGAAGCCAAGGAUUUAUUCUUUAAGCUGGUUGUAGAGGAUCCGAAACGGCGCAUAACGUUGCAGGAAGCACUGAAGCACCCGUGGUUGCAGCAGUCUCAUGCACGACCCGAUCAGAUCUUUGCUGAACCGUCAACUGCCCCGCUCACUCCAGAGAGCCAAGUCUCGGGUAGUCUGCCUGGAGAAUCGUGGACAGGUUUCCAUAGUACUUCAAUAUUCCACUUGCAGGGGUUGUCAUCCAGCUACGUGAACAUUCCCGGGGGUUAUCAUGCCGUGACAGGUGGGCCUUUAAUCACCCCGCAGACGUCCCGGCAUUCAGAGGGCCCGAGUCGACCGCUUCCAGCGAAACGAUCUUCUGAGCGAUUACGUCUGAAGAAGAGCGCCUCGCUGCCGAAGACGCGAAGUAUGUCGAACAGCAUGGGGUCGAAACACAAAGGAACACCGCGAGCAGCAGCUCCGAGCCCAUCCCGAACGCGGAAGAGGAAUGCCCCUACCGGGAAGAGAAAGGGCGGGAUCGAUGCUGCCUUGGCGGUGUGAUGAGAGAUUUUCUAAGUUGUGGUUGAUGAUCUUGUUUAUUGUUGUGAUUUAGCAUAUAUAUAACGACCGCUGUAGGACCUUGACAUGAU